AUUUUUAAUUUUCUCGGAUAAUUAUACUUACUACGAAUAUAAAAAUCAUGUAACGUUAAAGAUUGCAUCAUGCCAGUAUUAGGAUUAAAAUAAUAAAUUGUAUAUUCGAGGCUCUUUGGUCUUCAAUAUAAAUUAGUAUAGAUUUUUAUAUAUUCAAUCUAAACUAAACCUUAGAUUUUGCGUCAGUUUUGUAUCAGAAUCUAAAGAAGUAACUGUAGAUUUUUUUAAAGGUAUUUUAAAGGUAUUAAAGGUAUAGAUAUUUAAAGAUACGAUAUAAAGAUUAUAUGAUCGAUCUAAUCAAAUCUAUAAAUAUAUAGAAUAAUAUUUACAAUAUAGUUUACGUUUUACGCACUCUUUAAAGCAAACGUUGUAUAUUUUAUAUCCUGCGUAAAAAAUCAAUAUCAUCUAAUACGGUCUAAAAUCAUAUUUUAUUACAAAGAAGCGCAAUGUUGAAAACUCUUUGGAACUACAGCGUUCGGUUGUUUUCCACUCAUUAUUCAACCGCGCUUCAACGAGCGAGAAAACGGAAGGAUAUCGAGCCGACGACAGGGUGUCCCAAUAACGGGAGCGGAAAUUCACUUUCGGAAGCGGAAUCGGGAUUCUAGCGCCGGUACUGGAGGCGCGUCCGUCCAGACGUGCGCCUGCCUGGUUCCGGCGAACGAUCAGCGGCGCGACGGCGUCGCGACGACCGCGAAGCUCCGGGGCGCGUCGGCGGAUCGCCAGUGUGAUAUCGCCACUUGGCUGAUACGGAAUACGGCCUGGCCGUCAUUCGUAUGGCAGUCGGACGAGAACGCGCGGCAGUCACUCGCGUUAACGCGCAUUGCAAAACGUGGAAUUAAUAAGCGAGAUAAUGGUACAAUCAUGAUUCAAGCUGGAAACGAUCUUGAGGAGAGUUCAGAGGCUUGGCUGUCCUGUAUAUACUGCAUACAACGGUGACACAGCUGUAUAUACAUAAAUCACAAUUAUGGAUAUACAGAAGAAAUUCCUGUGCCCCCGAUUGGUGGACUACCUCGCCAUCGUUGGAGCCAGGAUGCCCGCUGUCUCUCGUCAGCCCGUACAGGUCCCAGAGUUGCUACGCAGAUAUCCGGUAGAGGAUCACAAGGAUUUUCCUCUGCCUUUGGAUAUGGUGUACUUCUGCCAACCAGAAGGUUGCAGUAGCGUGGGACCAAAGCGCACGGCCUUACGAGAGGCAACAUCCUUCACUUUUACACUCACCGAUAAAGAUUCAGGAAGAACGCGUUAUGGGAUUUGCGUGAAUUUUUACCGAUCUAUGGAAAGGGCGGGGCUUGUGGCUGGCGGGGGAAUUGCGCUCAAGAGGGAAAAAUACAACACCACGUUUCGAAGGGAAAGCUGGAGGAAGAGUAUGGAGAGAAGCACGGAUUCCGCUUUUUCUAGCGACUAUAGGAGCAGUGCAGUAGGUCCUAGUGAUUCUGAGAAAGAUUGCUCCAGCAGCAGGCGGGAUUCGGACACCCCGCAGGUCAGCUCGGUCACCCCGAGAUUGGAAUUCAUCGCAGCGAGCGGAGACAGCGAGAGCGGCGGCAGUCAUUCCCCAUCGCCACGCGCUUCUCGAAGACGCCAGAGGGUUCGCAAUCAUUCCUUGACUUCCCUAUGCAUCAUUUCGCACCAUCCGUUCUUCUCAAUGUUCCGGGAAUGUCUUUUCGUCCUGAAGAAAAUCAUCGACGCGUGCAACGAGAGUUUCUCGCCGCAGAAGGUGGGAGCCUCUCGGCAGACCAACAGAGACACGGUGUGGAGCGUAUUAACGGGUCAGGCUCUAGGGGACACGCCGUCCAUCGUGCUUCACGACGUUCGCGAGAUCGAGACAUGGAUACUUCGUUUGCUCAGCAGCCCCGUGCCCGUCCCGACAAAGACGCGCGUCGAAGUCGAGAUAAUAUCGCCCAGUAUGCAACCACCGCUAUGCUUCGCCCUACCGGAUCACACUAGAUUCUCCCUGGUCGACUUUCCAUUGCAUUUACCGUUGGAGCUCCUCGGCGUCGACAUAUGUCUGAAGGUUCUCACGCUGAUUCUCUUGGAGAAUAAGAUUGUACUUCAAUCCCGUGAUUACAACGCCUUGUCUAUGUCGGUCAUGGCGUUUGUCACGAUGAUCUAUCCAUUGGAGUACAUGUUCCCCGCGAUACCCUUGCUGCCCACCUGCAUGAGUUGCGCGGAGCAACUGCUGCUCGCGCCGACGCCCUUCGUGAUCGGGAUCCCCGCGUCCUUCCUUAUGUACAAGAAGAACUUCAGAAUGCCCGACGAUAUCUGGCUGGUGGACUUGGAUAGCAAUAAAAUAACUGCGCCGAGCGCUCUGAACGAUGACGGUUUGCCGCCGCUACCGGAACCGGAGGGCACCAUCCUGAAGAAUCACCUGAGGCAGGCAAUGCAACUGAUGGAUCAAGUUGGCUCUAGUGCGAUGGCUAGCAUGACGGGACCGCCAUUGCCGUCGCAAGAAAUCUCGCAACGUCUCUCUUUUCAAACACCGAGUAGGAGAGAAAGCAUGGCGUCGCAUCAUUCCACCUUAAGCGUAGCUUCAACGAAGCACAGGCCGAGCAUCGACCAGUGCGCGCACAUUCAGCACUCCCCGCUUAAUUCGCCAAGCGUGAGCUCGUCAGCGAGUCCACCUCGUCGGCCGUCGAUGCCACAAACGGUUGGAGGAGCCGGGCUGACCGGUCCGCCAAGAGCGCCCGGACAGAGCCCGGCGCCUUUCAAUCCCUUCAUCUACGGAAAUGACGUGGACUCGGUAGACAUAGCCACGCGGGUCGCCAUGGUGCGCUUCUUCAACUCGCAGAAUCUGCUGGCCAACUUCACCGAGCACACGCGCACCCUGCGGCUGUAUCCCCGGCCGGUGGUGGCUUUCCAGAUCAAUUCGUUCCUCCGUUCGCGGCCACGGAAGAGCAGCUUCCUCAACAGAUUCGCGCGCACGCAGGCGGUCGAGUUCCUGGCCGAGUGGUCGCUCACGCCGAGCAACGUGGCCUUUCUCCGGGUGCAGACGGGAGUCUUCGAUCCUGCACAGAUCGGCGACAAGUCGCGCUGGUACGCGACCAACCUCGAGCCGAUCUACUUUCCCGUCUGGGACUCCGGUAGUUCGUUGGCGAACGCCCUGAAGGCGAUGAAGGAGCACGAGAGUCAGCCCACGGAUGAGAGUGGAUCGGAUUCCGAGGGUGCCGAGAGCACCAGCUCUUCAUAUUCCUCUCUGAGCGACUUCGUCUCCGAAAUGGCGUCGUCCGAUUUGUCACCGGGUUACAAUCCUCAAGUGAGCCAGCCCCAACAAACGCUCUCAGUGGAUCCGAAGAACGUCUACAAUCCGCCGAGCUCCUUGCAAUAUCCGGGAGUGGAAGAGGAUUUACCAGCACGACCCGAGAGCCCACCAAGUACUUCUUCCAGUCACAGCGAUCUCAGUAGCCCAAGCUUUAACAGGGACUCCGAGCUCGAAUUGAACCCAAGAGUUCAAGAGGGUUCGCAGUCCGCUAACGAUAAAGAGGAGGGUGGUAGCUUUGAGUCAGACUCCGCGUCGACAAUAACACCGCGCACAAUCCUGAGCGCACAAAGUUCGGUAGGACAGUUCACAGGGAUAAGCAUGGGCGCUUUAGGCACUCAAUCUUCGCUCAACGACACUGAACGUCCUACCACCCCUCACAGGAUCUCGCGCGUCAGUAGAUAUGUCACUCCUGUGCCACCCACCGGACCAGGUCUGCAACGUCAGCCGAGCGUAGGCAACGUUCUAGCGAGGGCCUCCAGCUUCAGCACCACCGGCGGGCCUCUUCUGCCGCGGCAGAUAAGCGCGGUCACCGCUGCUGAUCAUCAUCACGAAGCGACGCAGCUUCAGCGUCAAGCAUCCGCGGGAGCGACGGUCGCGCAAAAGCAGAACGACGGCACGGUGCAACGACAGAACAGCGGCGGUUCCACCGGCGCCGCCACCGGGAACGGCGUUCUUCGACAAGGCUCUCAGGGUUCUCUGUUCGAGCAGAUCGCCAGCCAGGCGAAGGAUUUGGUGCGCGAAACGACCAGACAGAGCAGUCAGGACGGGCUGCUCGCGCACAUGGACAAGCUCAAGCAUCAGGCGAAGGAAAGAAUUACGGAGGCAGGCGAGGAUAGUCUGUUCGCGCCGCUGGAACAAUUUACGCAACAAACUAAGAAAGCGGUAGGUGAGGCCACCAAGUCGGUGCAAGAGGUAUCAAAGAACGCGUUGGAGGCGAGCAAAACGGCGGCGGGUGUAAGCAAGAAUACGCUGGACGAUUUGACGUACGUCGGCAAAAGCACAUUUGGAGAUCUGACAAAAAGUGCCAAAGAAGCUGCUGCGAAAAAAGGCUUCAUCAAGAGUCUAGAAUCACAAUCGCCGGUACACUCUCCCUCCUCUUCUAAUAUGAUGCAGCAGCGAAAGGAUUCGAUUAGCAAUCAGUUAGUCGCAUCGGACACACGAAGUGGUGUUGGCCGGGAUUUCUUCAGCAAUAUUAGCAGCGAUUUGAAUGGCUUCGCUGCGCAAACCAGCAGUAUGUUCAGCGAUUUAUUCGGUGGUAAAAAUAAUUCUAAAGGCAGUAGCUUCUUCCCGCAGAAUCAGAAGUCGAAAGAAAAGACCAAUCCGAUUCUUCCACCAUUUCCCAAAGUUGCAGGCAAAACAGGAUUAGUAGAGCGUUCCUCGUUGAUAAAACAUUCCUCGCACAAAAUUAAUCAGGAAGAUGCGCAGAGAAUGCAAAACGCGGAACGUUCUAGUACAAAUAGCGACAAUCAAGCCUUUUUGAACGACGUGAUAACGCAAGUGUUGGCCGGUGAAGGUGUUGGUUGGCUGAAAUUGAAUAGAUUGAAAAAAUUAAUGGAAGAUGAGAAUUAUCGUGAUUUGGUCGUGAGAAAAUUGAAUAAAGGUCUCAAUAGGAAGAUUAGUCCUGAUGAUCACAUUGACGAUGUGGCCAUAUCAAAACCCGUGUAUAAGGGAAUGUUAAAGUGCCUUCAAGCAGUAACGCAUGGUCUCGCACACACGUAUAAUAAUUUCGGACUAGGCGGGAUGGCUUCUGUCUUCCAACUGAUGGAAAUCGCUCACACGCAUUAUUGGAGCAAAGAUCUGUCGGCGGAGGGUGGUUUCGACAGCUCUUUGAUGUCGCAGGCGUCUAGCCCGUUCGGUAGUAGAGAAAACUUGAAGUCCCCACAAUCUCCGAAUCAGUCUGAAUUUACAGAAAGCGCGCAGAAAUCAGAACUGCCGCAAGUGCAUUUGGAAAUGCCGCAAGCACCGUCAGCGGCGGAAACGACCCAGUCAACAACGGACAUGUUCCUGGACAUGUUUACGAAGAAAGGAAAAUUUCUGAGCAAGCUUACCUCAUUCGAUUCGGAGAGUGGGCGGGGUGGUGGAACGGGGAGCAGCGAAGCUUUAUCCACAGACGGAGGUAGCAUUAUCACUAAUCCUGCUUUUCGGCAAGCGCACCAAGCUUCCUUCCGAAGCACCGUAUCUGAUAGCGAGGUCGAGCAAGGCAAUUUUCCACGGCAAGGCAAGCAGCGCUCCGGCAGCGUUUGGUCCAGCAAGUCGUCCUUGAGUACGGGAUUCCGUUAUCACGGCGGAAGUUUGAUACCCACCACGACGCUACCGAGUCCGGACGCUGCGAGAACAUAUCUCUUCGAAGGUUUACUGGGGAAGGAGAGAUCGGGACUGUGGGACGAAAUGCAAUUCUGGGAGGACGCUUUCUUGGACGCUGUUUCGCAGGAACGCGAUAUGAUGGGCAUGGAUCAGGGACCUGGCGAAAUGGUGGAGAGAUACAAAAGUUUAAGCGACAGCGAAAGGCGGCGGUUGGAGCACGAGGAGGACAGACUGCUGUGCACUUUGCUGCACAAUCUCACCGCCAUCCUGGUAAUGUUGAACGUCGACAAGAACGAAUUGAAGCGGAAGGUGCGCAGGUUGCUCGGCAAGAGUCACAUCGGCCUCAUCUACAGCCAAGAAUUGAAUCUACUUCUCGACCAGAUAAACAAUCUCCACGGAAACGACAUCGAUCUGAAGCCGCUGACGUCACGGCAAAUGCACCGGCAGUCGUUCACUGUGCAUUCGGGGGUCGACGCUGAGGGUGAUCUACGAUUUCUCGAAGUUCGCCACGACGGUCUCGUCCUGAGGUCGGUGAACGGCGUGAUAGUCGAACGUUGGUGGUACGAGCGCGUAGUCAAUAUGACGUAUAGCCCGAAGAAUAAGGUUCUGUGCCUGUGGAGGAGGAGCGGCAGCGAUACCGAGUUACAUAAAUAUUACACCAAGAAGUGUAAAGAUGUGUAUUACUGCAUAAAGGAAGCGAUGGAGAAGGCGGCGGCUCGCGGGCGAGGCGCCAACGUGGGCUACGAGCUCGGCGGCGAGUUUCCGGUGCAGGACAUGCGAACGGGCGAGGGCGGGCUCCUGCAGGUUUGCAUGGAGGGCGUCGGUCUUCUCUUCGCGAAUAGCAAGUUUUUUGUAAGACUCGAUCAUAUCCGCAAGUGCUUUACUCAAAAGGAUGGAAUCUUUGUUUUGGAAGAAUUCAAUCCUAAAACUAGACAAGUAAUUCAACGUAAAUAUAAGUCACAAAUGGCAUCUGAUAUCUGUUACGCUGUCCUCUGCGUAUUUUCUUAUGUGGCGGCUGGAUCGGAGCAACGAAAGCAACAGGGCCAGCCACAUCAACAGCAGCAGCAGCAGCAGCAAUCCCCUCAACAGCCACAGCAAUCGCAGCAUACGCUGCAACCACCUCAACAACGCCACCAGCAACAGCAACAACACCAGCAGCAGCAACAGCACCAUCAGCAAACCCGUCAUCAGCAGCACAGACAGGAGCAACCACAAGCGAGCAAUGUAACGCCGCAGCAGAUGCACAGAAACACGCAGCUGGACCCUUAUUCCCGUCAACACUGACACAGGCAAAGACACUCGCUUCCCUUCGUCAGCCUCCACAACAAGAAUAGUUGCGCCCCUUACGCCUGUCUACCUUGGGUAUAAGUGUGUGCUAUCUUCUUCAGAGAUUUAUUUGAGAGUUAAUAUGGGCAAGUUAACAAGGCGACAUUCCGUUCACGCAGAAGCAUUCCGUCUUAAUUUCCGUUUUCUUCAAAUAAAUCGGCAUUCUUCCUCUCCGGAAGUAAAAAAUUAUCAAAGGAAAAUCGUAACGAUUAAGAAAAAUGAAAUAUCUAUCCUUAGCUUAAUUCGUUAAUAUCAGACUCAUGGCGCGAAGUUUCAUUCAGUGCUACGUAGUCCUACGUCAAUGUGAUAGCUAUUGUAUUCUUAUAUUCGUCCGCGCACGUAAAACACAUACGUGCGCGCGUUACCUAAAGCAAUUAAACAUACAAUAAAUAUUCGUAAUUGGCGCGGUACAAUUUUACAAUGCGCCGCGACAAAGAUCUAUGUAAUUGUGAUCGCGUUCGCACGAUUGGAAGAGUCAAGGUUUUAGCUCGUGUUUAUAGUCGAGAGUAGUCGGUGUCGAUAGAUAAACGCCAAAUUGCGAGGUCCUCGCCAAACUCUUGAUCACCACUGUCGAAAUUAUUCCUAUCGUGUCUUAGAUACGUGAAUCACGCGACGAAAAAACAAAGAAACAUACAUCAUCGACGGACCUGUCUAUUCGUUUGCUGUCUCUCUCUCUUUCUUUACGCUUGCGAUCGGAUUUAGCCGGUGAUUCGUUUCGUUUCAACUGUGCAUGUAAAAUGUUAGCGAAAAUGUCAUGUGUAGGAUGUGUAAAAAAAAAAAAAGAAUGUACUAUCUCUCAAGCAUGUGCUAUGUCUCGAGCAAAUACACAUUGAUGAUUAUUUUGUACGGUUUCGAAUACAGAAGAUAAAGAAAAACUCUCUCUCGUGGAGCUCGUAGAGCUCGUUUAGGGUACAUGUAAUGUUCCCGAAGUGAUAGGCAUUAUUCGUAAUAAUGUAAAUGUAACUGUACAAUACCCCGAAAACAGAAUACGACAUCUUUGAAACGCUGUGAAAUAAUUACGUCUUAUGUUUCACCCAAGCGCGAACUCGGUAAUUGAGCGUCGCGAACUACAACGAGAUCGCGGCUUCCGGAUGCGUUGACAGUCGGAGGAAUUCGGCACCAAGUGCGGGGCGAGGUUUUUUCCGCGAAAAUUGUCAUUGUAAUUUUCUUUGCCGUACAAUAAUACAUUAUACGUAGAUUCUUUCCGAGAUUAAUUGCGAUUAAGAGUACGCGUUGCGUAGAAUAGACGAAACGACCAGUCUAGGGCGGAAGGGAGGUGUUGUACACUUAGUCGCGAACUCAGCGUGAAGUAAAAACGUAGCGUACAGUCACACAGAUGAUCAGAGGAAAUAGUAUAUAUUUUCUUGCAGCGUAAGAAGCGAUAUAGAUAUUUGUAAAGAGAAAAAGGAUGCGGAGAUUUGUAAAUAAUCGGCGACGUCGUAGGCAAACAGGCGUGAAACACAAUUUUUAUUUCUCGUCUUUUAAUACGACUAUACAUAUUCGUAGAAAGCUCGUUCGCCGGCUGAGUUAGAGAGGGUGGGAGGGAGGGGGGGGUGUAGGUAGGGGGAGUUUCUAAGAGCAAGGGGAUAUGUUUCUCUUCUAAACAUUUCUAAAGGAAGAAGCACACGAACUUCGCGAUCCCUCCGUAACAAAUUUGUCUGCCUAAAUCCCGAUGUUUAGAGAUUCUCGUCGUCGGUACCAUGUUUAGACGAUACAGUCAUCGGUCGGUCAUUGUCAUUUCGAGAUAUAUCACGGUUAUACAAUAAACCUUAGGUCUCUAGAAGAGAAAUUAAUACCUCGCAUUGUAUAGUACUCAUCCAUGUAGACGCCUUAUGCCCAAAAUAUACUUGUAGCCAAAUCGA